CUGUUUUGAUGACAGAUUUCAGGCACUGAAUUGCCAACUCGCUUUUGUACUUUAAUUUUCUUUAAGUAUGACGCGGAUGUAGUUUAAAUAUUUCAGUGUGCUUCAAGGUUCUUGUUUGUGUGCUUUUUAUGGCUUCAUGAGAAUGUGAUGCGUUGCUAUUGUCGGGUUUCCUUUUUACAGCAAAGCGGACAGGGAGGGCGAGCGAGAGAAAAAGAAAGGGAGAGAGAGAGAGCGAGAGAGUUGGUUGGGUAAGGGGACAAGACAAUUAAAAAGAUUGACAGGUAGCCUCCUCUGUCAGGGGUGACGCUUGUGGAGAAGGGGAGGAGUAAAAAUGUAGCAGGAAAAGCCACUCGAUGCGUCUGUCUAUCAGUUGAGAAUGUCUGAAACAGCUUCUGGAUCCGUCGUGUUUCAAUUUUGACUUUUUUUAAGAGGGGAAAAGAGCUCGGAUCUGUCGCCGGAGUCGCCCCCUCCCUCGUUUGUCCCCUCGUUCUUUUAAGAGACAAACGUGUUAGUAGUCCAUGUCGAUCUGAUGUGUUGUUGGCGAAAGCUUUGGAUGCGUCUUGUUCUCCUCUCAAGUGAUUCUUUCCUUCUCGCCGCAUCAAACAGCCGCCCCCCGAAAUGCGACUCUGUCCUCGAGAUGCAACGAGCGAUCGUUUGCGCCACUCCUAGAGUGUAGGGUUCUGGCUUCGGACGAAACUGCAGGGGUUCGUUUUGUUAUCAAGAAGUGUGCGUGACUUUCACGUCGGAUUUAUUUGUUUUGUUUAUUUAUUAUUUUAGUUUUGUCGUGUGUAAAAAGUGCUGCAAACUCGCUCCAUUCAAAGACAUUGAAGAUUGUGGAUUUUUUUCUUUUUUAAUCAAGCCGAAGCGAACUGCAAACUUUGGUUUUCGACCUCUUUCCGACCCAGCCACGAAGGAGAUGAAGGAAGAUGAUAUUUGAUGGACAUGAAGGUCUCCCGAGCUGCUCCAAUCCGUUCGUAAUUUUUGAGCUCCACGUCGCUGGAGCCGAUCCAGCUAUUACGUCUAAAAAUAUCUGCCAGUGUGAAAAAGAAGACUGACAUUUUCAGCUCCGAGAUCAAAACGCUCUCCCACCAAAAAGGGAUGAUUCUUCACCACUGACAGUCUCCAGUUCUUUGUAAUUUCUGCAUGAGAAACAUCGUGGAGGCUGACGGUCACUAUGCCGAGGAGAAAGCAGCAAGAGCCGCGCCGAUCAGCAGCGUACAUGCCCGAAGAUGAACUUAAGGCGCCCACUCAAGAGGAGGAAGAGCACCUCCAAGAUGACGGCCUCUCAUUAGACGGCCAGGACACUGAAUUUUUGUGCAACGAGGAAGAGGAAGAUGUGGAAGGAGGCCAACCACCUAGUUAUAGAGACUCUCCCCUCAGCAAUGGCACCAACCCUGAUGCUGGCUAUGGGUCCCCGCUUAGUGACGCCAGUGACAGACUAACAGAUUUCAAAAGUACCUCCUCUCGGGAUGGUCACGAGAAAGAAGGUACAACCUUGCCCUUCUCGCCCAGCAAUGGCCUAUCUUUCCAAGAUAGUUUGGCUCAGAUGAAAGCCGUCUAUGCAAACCUCAUUUCAGAUGCCUCUUGGUCCAGCAUUACAAUGGAUUUAAUGAAAUCCAAGUCUGCUGCAGCUGGCAGUAUAAACAGCACCCUCAACAAUUCAGAAGCUGCCUCUUCUGCCCCGGUUUCUACAGCAACAACAACAACGACCACAAACAAGAGCAAUGGGGUCAACAUAGUCACCAGUGCUCACAACGGCAGGGGGUCCAGCACCACUGUUAGCCACACAAGCACCACAACCGUUCACACGAAUGGCACAGCGGCUAGCUCGGUUAGCACCCACAAUGCAACCAGCAGCAGCGGGAGCAGCAGUGGCGGGACUAAUAAUGGCAGUGGUGUGGCCUAUGACUGGCACCAAGCAGCACUUGCCAAGACUCUUCAGCAGACCCCCUACCAUCUUUUACCCGAACCUAGCCUUUUCAGCACAGUGCAGCUAUACCGUCAAAACAAUAAGCUGUAUGGCUCUGUCUUCACUGGUGCAAGCAAAUUCCGCUGUAAAGAUUGCAGCGCGGCCUAUGACACCCUGGUUGGUUUGACAGUCCACAUGAAUGAGACUGGCCACUAUCGAGAUGACAACAAGGACAAAGAGGAGGAUCAGGGAAAGCGCUGGUCCAAACCCCGCAAACGCUCCCUGAUGGAAAUGGAAGGCAAAGAGGAUGCUCAGAAGGUACUGAAAUGCAUGUACUGUGGCCACUCCUUUGAAUCUCUGCAGGACCUCAGCGUUCAUAUGAUCAAGACCAAGCAUUACCAAAAAGUGCCUCUCAAAGAACCAGUGCCAGCCUUGGCAACUAAACUGGUUCCCGCCUCCACUAAAAAACGAGCAAUGCACGAUACGAUAAUUUCCCCUUGCUCUCCAGAGUCUGUCCAUGCCGGUAGUGGGGGAGGAGGUUUAUCACUUGGUGACAUUAGCAAAGAUGCAAAAUCAGUAGCCAAUCCUUAUGUAACAGCAAACAACCGAUAUGGCUACCAGAAUGGGGCCAGCUAUACGUGGCAGUUCGAAGCACGAAAAGCUCAGAUCCUGAAAUGCAUGGAGUGUGGUAGCUCGCAUGAUACACUGCAACAGCUUACUGCUCACAUGAUGGUCACAGGUCACUUUUUGAAGGUCACAAAUUCUGCAUCCAAGAAAGGCAAACAGCUGGUGUUUGAUCCUGUGGUUGAAGAGAAGAUUCAGUCCAUCCCACUGCCGCCUACUACCACCAGACUCCCUGUACCUGGUAGUAUUAAGUCUCAGCCGGUUUCCCCUGCCCUCUCCUCGGGCUCAGAGGAAAAGAAGGAAGUGAGUGAGGACGAGAAAUUUGAAAGUGGGGAGCCAGUUGAGAAGAAAAUCAAGGAGGAGAGAGAUGACUCGGGUGAGAAAGUUGAGACUGACACCACAUCAUAUAAAUAUCUUAGAGAAGAAGAUCUGGAGGAAACUCCGAAAGAAGGUCUAGAUAUUCUUAAAUCCCUUGAAAACACGGUGUCAAGCGCUAUUAGCAAAGCCCAGACAGGCACUCCCACUUGGGGUGGAUAUCCGAGCAUUCAUGCAGCUUAUCAGUUGCAAGGUGCCAUGAAGAGCUCGACUACUGUUCUGCCCCCCACCAUCCAGAGUGUCCAGAUGCAGCCAAUUUUUAACAGUGGGCUUCGAGGGCUCGCCAGUGACGCCAAUUCAGUCAUCCACUCGCCACGGAGCCCUACUUCUCCUACUCUACUCAGGAGCAACGUCACUGCCAUGGAGGAGCUGGUGGAGAAAGUGACAGGGAAAGCUGCUGCUGUAAAGAAAGAAAAGGAAGAGAAGAUGGUCAGCGCGGAGCGAGCUCGACCUCCUUCGUUGGUUAAGUCCCCCUCUCCCGCACUGAGGGAGCAGAGAGAGCAACUGGCCUCUCCAAAUGACCUAGUUGCAGGUAAAGCAUCUGGUGUGAGAAGUACCAGCCCGGGCAGUGCAGAAUCCGAGCUUAUCUGCAAGAAGGAGCCUAAAGAAAGCCUUGUGGAUGUCUACAACAACUCAAAGAACGGCCUCGAGGCAUGCCGGUCGCCGGUCACUAACGGCAACAGUCUCGGCAUCAUUACCGAUCACUCACCAGAAAGUCCUUUUGUCAAUCCUCUCAGUGCACUCCAGUCAAUCAUGAACACACACCUGGGUAAGGCCUCCAAAGGAGUAAGCCCAGCAGCAGACCCACUGUCCAUGCUUUACAAAAUCAGUAACAGCAUGAUGGAUAAAAAGCCAGCCUUCAACCCAACACCUCAGGGCAAAACCGCUGAGCCCAUCAACCACUUUGCUUUGUAUGAAAACAACGACCAACCCAUAGACCUGAGUAGAAGCAAGUCUAGCACUAACAGUAACAGUAAUACUAACAAUAACAACAGCAGUGGUGCGCUCAACAAUGUUGUAAAUGGUAACAAACCUAUUAUUAGCAUGCCGGAAACAGUUUCCUCUCCUUUGAGAGAGAACGCUCUAAUGGACAUCUCUGAUAUGGUAAAGAACCUCACCGGGAGACUGACUCCCAAAUCGUCAACACCCUCCUCCAUCUCAGAGAAAUCAGAUGCCGACGGCAGUGCAUUUGAGGAUGCUCUGGACGAUCUCUCCCCAGUGCAGAAGAGAAAAGGGAGGCAGUCCAACUGGAAUCCCCAGCACCUCCUUAUCCUACAGGCACAGUUUGCCUCCAGCUUGCGGGAGACCCCAGAAGGCCGCUACGCUAUGACUGACUUGGGCCCUCAGGAAAGGGUCCACAUCUGUAAGUUCACAGGCCUCUCGAUGACGACCAUAUCCCACUGGCUAGCCAAUGUCAAGUACCAGCUGAGACGGACCGGUGGCACCAAGUUUCUCAAAAACAUGGACUCUUGCCAGCCGGUGUUCCUCUGUGGUGACUGCGCUUCCCAGUUCAGAACUCCCUCCUCCUAUAUCAGCCACCUGGAGUCUCACUUGGGAUUCAGCUUGAAGGACCUGUCCAAACUGUCAACUGAACACCUACGGGAGCAGCAGGCUGCCUCGAAGGUGAUCACGGACAAAAUGACAUUCGGCAGUUCCCUGUCAGCCCUGACUACGCCAGAGGACGACACUGGCUCCGUGUACCAGUGCAGACUUUGUAAUCGGACAUUCGUCAGCAAACACGCAGUCAAGUUGCACCUCAGUAAAACCCACGGCAAGUCUCCCGAGGACCACCUGGUGUUUGUUACAGCUUUGGAUAAACUAGAGAAACUAGACAAAAUGGAGUCAGUUUGAAAAGGGUGUCAAUGACAAGAGACAUUGACGGCUAUAGAACUGACCAGAAUUUCAUUGCACUAAAACAACAUUGUUCACAGUUAACUGCACUGGGCCGAAAUGAGCCAACAGAAAAAAAAAAGAAAAAAAAAGUCUUAUUUUCUGUUGUAAUGAUUGCCUGACUGGACCAUGUUGAUUUGUUUUUGUUUUGCCAAACUUUACUUUUUUUUAACACUUAUUUCAUAAGAUAUUUAUAUGCUGUUUGUCUGAUCUGUGCAUGUACUUUAGUGAAUCAAGGUUAAACAAAAUGAUUUUAAUAUUCUUAUGGCAAAAAUACAACUACUGUGUCAAUGGUGAAAAGUAAAAAUCCAUUGGAAGAAUGGAAAUCUGUACUAUACUUGACAUGAAGAUGAAAAUUAAUUGUAUACACCAAAAAUAAUUAAGGACACCCCGAAAGACUGAAGUAGCACCUUAGACGUUUGAAUUUUGCGUUUGUAAAAAAAAGAAAAGUAAUUAUGGUUUCCUGUUAUUGAAAUGUUUUGAAGAUGGCCUGCUUUAUUGUAUUAAAAAAGAUUAUAUGAACACUUGGAACAACUGAAAUGCUUCUUCCAGUGAGUCAAGGGUCGCCAUUUUAUGCAAGUUUGCUAAAAUAACAAAAAAAAAGUCCUUAUUGUGAAGUAUCACCAAUUGUUAAAUUUACUUACUAUGUUUGUUUUUGUUUUGUUGUUUUGAUUUUUUUUUCCAAUUUGCCUCUUUUUACCGGUGUUGCUUUCAGCUGUAAAGAAAACAGUUGUAAAUGGUUACCAGUGAAAUGUCAGUACUCCCAUAAGACAUCAUUUGAAAUGACCCUGGAGUCUUUGUAUCUUACAGUGUGUGCAUUCUCUAACUUUUAUAUUGUCAUUUUAUACUAAAAUGAUAAAAAAAAUUAAAAAAAAGCAAAAAAUGAAUUGUGUAUAUAGAUAUAUGCUGUAGAGUUACAAAGUGUCUUUUUUUUAAAAUACAAAUUCAGCUUCUUUGGCUUGGUUUACAGAAAUGAUUUGAAUUCUACUUGCAUCCGAUUUGAUGCAUGAAAUAAUGUGGAAAAUAAAUAAGCGAUGCACAAUGACUAUACAUUUCAAUGUUUUAUCAACAAUAUUGUAAAAACAACAAAGAAAUGUUUUUAGCACCGGUUAGAUUGUUUCUUUUCUUUCUCAAUUGUAAAAUAAACCCCAAAGCAGUUGUUAACAGUCA